AUGCAGAAUCUCCACCUCCAAUUCUCCCGGAUUCGCUCAUCUUCGUCCCUUGUCUGGAGUCUGCUUCGCCAGAGCGCGGCGGAUGUCGGGUCGCCGGUUGUCGCCGCAUCGCUCGCCGUCGAUCCAGCAGCCACAGCCGCCGCCGGGCUCGCCGGAGGGAACUGUUUGUCCAUCUUGUCUCGCCGUUUCUCGGCUGGCUCUGGGGACGGGAAGAACGAUGGAUGGGAUAAGGCGUGGAAGGGGGGUGGCGGUGGGGGGCCAGGUCCGGGUGAAGGAAGUGGCGAUGCCGGUGGUGGUGGCGGAGGGCGAGGGUUGGUUCCUGAUCUCGGAUGGGACGAAGCGUCUUCGUGGUCCACGGGGUUGACGGAGGAUCACUUCGACGGGAAGGCUGUUGGCAGGAGGCGGGAGCCCUGGGAGGAGGUGGCGAGCGCGCGGGAAGAGGAGGCGGAGGAGGAUAUCUUGGAGACGGUGGAGAGGGACAACAGGAAGAGCAAAGAGUUUGUGGACGGCUGGGGAAGUAGGAUGAAGGAGACGGUUGAGCUGCUGAAGCAGGUGAGGGAGCCGGGGGCCCGGGGAUCGUACCUCAAGGACUCUGAGAAGGCAGAAAUGUACCGACUGCACAAGGAGGAUCCGGAGGUGUACAACGUGGAGCGACUGGCGAAGGAUUACCGGAUCAUGCGGCAGAGGGUACACGCCAUCCUAUGGCUUAAGGAGAUUGAGGAAGAGGAGGAGAGGAAGCUUGGAUGCCCCCUCGAUGACUCUGUCGAGCAACUGCUUGAUGCGUGUCCGGAGUAAGUGUUAUCCAUCUCCAUGCUCCUCGACUUGUUAGUUUUCCUUAAGCGUUAUUCCUAUUGUUGGUGAAGAACUUGUAAGAUUGCCAGUAUGAGCGACAGGUGUUAUGUCCGGUCGAAGAUAUGCCUUCUUUUGAUUGAUAAUCUUCUUUAACCUAGUAGAUCCAUUGUUGUCGUUGCAGAAGUCUUUGAUCUCUUUCAGUGUCAAAAUUUAUUCGACAUGAAGAGGAAUUUACAACUAUCCAUUAAUUCCAAUAUCUGCUUCUGACUUUGUUCCUAAUCUACUGCUCGGAUCAUCUGGGAAGUUACCCUUUUAGAUGUUUUCUCAGUUUUUUACUUCGACUCAGAGUUUGAGCCCUUUGUUAAUUUUCAGAGUAUUUUUUAUUAUCCAUUAAACUCUUGAAUGGUUUUGACGUUCACUGUUGGAGAAAAUUUCGAUGCUUUCUGUUACUUUCUUUAGCUUUUAAGGAACUUCUCGGCUUUUAUCUCGUUUUAGCAACUCUGACUCACCUCUACUGUUCAAAGUCAACUCUACUUCUCUUUGGUUCCAUUUACAAGUCGAAAUUUUAGCAAUUUUACGGGUUUGUGUUUUCCUUCACAAGUUGCUGCUGUCUUCACAAAUGAACAUUUAUGUCGAUGAAAUUGGUGCAGAUAGCCCCUCUAGUGAAGAAUAGGUUUUUCCGGUUUUUUCAGUUUGUUUUCUUUUGAGGUUUUCAGGAAAAAUGCUUACGAGAUUACUUAUCCCUAGUUCUUCUGGUUCACGCUGGGUUUCAGCUUGUUAAUUUAUGCACCAUGUGCCUAUGAUGGAUUUUUACUCUGUCUCCUCUGUGGUAGAUGUGUAUACUAAUUGUAGGCCUUUUUUGAUCUCUAGAAACAGCGACCCUAUCUAUUUGUGGAUGCAUUUCAUUUAGAAGCAUGCUGCAUUGGGCCAAUCUGUUACAGUUCGGUUCCUUAUGAUUUUUCUCAUUCACUAAAUUGAGAGGAAAACAAUAAGACUCAAAAGUGGGGAAGUUACCCAUGGGAUACCUGAGAGUUGGGGAAGCAUUUAUUUCUUUAUGUGAUCCCAUCAUCGUCUUCAAUCUUCUCUGCUCAUCUUCUCUUCUCUUCUUCUUGCCGAUUGCUGCUUGUCACUUGGUAUGUCUCUAGGUUCCCCUCCCAUUGUUAUGGUGCCCAAAAUGUGAUACUGGGCCUCGUCUGGCUGGAAUGGCUUGAGCCCAGGGUUUGGCAGAGAGACAAUGGGUUCUCUCUCCAGUGGGGAUUCUACGCGAAAUAUCGAUUAAUUUCUUGAAAUUCUGAGAAAUCCAUGAACUUAAGAUGGGUUGGGACUGUGACUGUGAACCUAAGAUGCUUUCUAUGAUCAAAUCAUCAAAUCAUUGAAUAUCACGCUGUCUCACCAUGAAAGUGGUUAUCUCGGUCAUUACAAUCCCAUAGCUGAUCCUCGUGUUUUUUUGUUAUCAGCUGGACAUCUGUGUGGUCCUGAUCUAUCAUUAACCCACUGUGAGCUGUCUUAAAUUGUCUGAGACGGCAUCACAAUUUUUCGGUAUCUGUUUGCCAGCCGGCAAAUACUGUUAUUGGUACAUGGAGGAAUAGAGGCAAUGAUGUAUCUGCUGAUCAUAUGGUUGAUCUUGAUGCUCUUGUAGGGAUCUUUCCUCAAGCUGAGGGAACACCCGUGUGUGAUAAUCACGUCUCUAGGUAGCUGAUGACACUUGAUCGUGCAGUUUUGGUGCUUCAGGUAUUAGCAGUGUGUGUUAUGAAGGAGGAUGACCAGUAGACCAUGGCCAAAGCACCCAUUUAGUAUCAUCUCUGGUAUUUUGUGUGCGCGUAGUCUUCAGAAUAGCAGUCCCCACCUGAUGAAUUCCCCUUUUUGGGGCCCUGACUGUUUUCAGAUUCUGCUUCAUUUGAUGUUUCUCCUCUUCAGUCAUGGUCGUGCUGAGAAAGGUUAGGUAGAUUAUUGAUGGAGGAGGUGAAGUGCACAACACAGAUGAAACGAAGAGGAGAGAAGAGCGUAGAAGACCCAGCUUAGGGGACAUAGACUCUAAUAGUUCUGUUGAUGUGUGCUGUCUAACUGCAAGAGGACCCCUUUUCAUGCGUAAACAACAUUUGUCUACGUGCAGAAAAGUCAAAGACCAGACAUCUGCAUAGGAAAAAAAAAAGGAAGAAUUCUUGAUAAUUAACUAACGAUGAUGAGUAUUUCUCAAAGGGAAAUGUGAGGCUUUUCCGGGGGAGCUACGGUUUUGGCUGCAAGCAGAUUCCUAGUUUUGCUUUUCUUCUUACAUUUAUGGACUUCGACAGACAAAAUUAUGUCCUUUUAUCCGCAGGAAGUUCAGACUAAAAAUUAAUUAUUGCAGCCAAAGUAGAUCUUUUAUUUUUUACGAUGGAUAAUGUUGCAGAUAAUAUAUGAGCACUUUCUGGUAUCAAGAUAGAACAGUGUUAGAAAGCUGAGGUCAAAUUUUCUUAUGUGCCAUCUCACACCAUUGAUCUGCAGAUCAUACCAGUUUCAUCACCAGUGAUUUCUGGGUCCUUAGACCCAUUAAGAGGCGGAAGAUAAUUUUCCUCGCAGAAUCAUAUAUUGUUUUGUGACAUUAUAAUAUGGGUUCAAGCUUGGUGUAUGUAUAAAGAUUAUGAAUUAAAUGAAGCAUCUCGCUCAUCGUUUUCCUACCGCAGCUUCUUCAUCUCUCACGACAGGGAGUUCCACGUUGCAUCCCUCCCUUACAAGGCCGACUUCAACGUCAUGCCCGAAGACUGGGACGGCACAGCGAGGGACCCCGACGAGGUUCAUUACGAGAUCUCCAAGAGGGAGGACGAGAUUUUGUACCGGGAGUUUGUGCGGAGGAUGAACUUCAAUAAGAUGAAGGUUAGUCCUCUCAUACAUUUUAUUAACUACUGUCAUCUCUCUCUCUCUCUCUCUAGACAAAUGGGCUGAUUCUUGGCCAGUCCGACCCGAUUCAGCAGGGCUAUUGAGAUUAUUUUUGGGUUUGAAUUGGAUUUACUCGAUCCCAAACCGGAUUGAGAUGGGCAGCGAAGUAUAUGAUCAAGCUGCCAAUUCUGGCCAGCUGUGGCACCACAUCAGACAGUUGACCUGAGAAUCCAUUGAAAUAUGGAGCUGAUUCUUGGACCUUGUUGUGGAUUGUAUGAAUGCUUGUUGGCUCACGAUGGGGGUGGCUUCCUGCAGAUGGCCGGGCAGGUGAAGUGCCACAAGUACAGCCGCCGCCGACCGGCUGAGGGGUGGAACUUCACUGUGGAGAAGCUCGGGCAGAAGGACAAGCGGCCCGGCGGCGGCGGUGGCGGGUGGCGUUUUGUCAGCCAGCCUGAUGGGUCCAGCCGCCCACUGAACAGCACGGAGAAGAUGUAUGCCAAGCGGGAGACCGUCCGGCGGCGGCGGAGGAUCCUGCCAUGA